AUGGAUGAAUAUAUUAUAGAUGAUAGAGUAAAUGAAUAAGAUCGAAAUUACCUAUUAUCUUAAGUUGAUUCUAUACAUACUCUUUACAUAACAAGAGAACAAAUAUAAUCGAUUAAAGAAUAAUUAAAUUCUGAAGAUUACAUAACCAUUCAUAUUGCCUUAUAAAGAUUGCUACGAUUAAUCUUUCUAGAAUUCCAUAUUGAGAAUUUCCCUCUUGAUUUAGAUGAAGCUGGUAAUUAAUAUCAUUUUACCUAAUUCAUCAUUCAAAAUAAUAUUAUUCAAACCCUUAUUCAUUUAAUUUAAGUUCAAUACUCUAUACAAAGUACAAUAGAUUCUACUUAAAUCCUUUUAUGUUUACUUUGUGGAACAUCUUAAUAAGUAGAACUAAUAUUACAUAAUGGAUUAGUAUAAACACUGUCUUUUUUACUUUAAUCUAAUAUAGAUUUAAUCUCAUUUACUGGGCUUGUUGCUGUUUUAUAAGCUGCUAAAAUUAGACAUUCGAAAUCUUUUUGUAAAUAAUUCCUCAAUAGUUAAUGUGAAUAAUUUAUAUUUAAAAGAUAUUCUAAAGAACCUGAAUAUUGUUUAAAAACACUGUAUUCUUUGUGUACAAAAAAACCUUCCAUGAAAUUUGAAUUAAUUAAGUCAAGUAUUCUAUUUAUAGUUGAUAAAAUUCACAAAGAAAAUAAAAUUGGAAUUAUAUCUAAAUGCAUUUGUAUUGUAACUGGUAAAUGGAUACCUUUACCUCCUUUAAAAGAAAACCAUCUAAAAAGAAUUUAAUUACUUUUAGAUCUGAAUAUAAUUACGAGAUUUAUUUAACUCAUGAAAAAACAUGAAUCAGAAUAUGAAUUAUUAUAAGUCAUUUUAACAAAUUUAAUAUUUGUUUUAUCUGGAACUGAUUAAUAAUUCUAGUUUGUUUUAAAAUAAGGAAUAAUGAGAUAAGUCUAAAAGUUAUUAGAUUGCAAAGAUAAAAGCACUUUUCAUAGAUGUCUUGCAUUUUUAGUUUAGAUUACUAAUAAAUAAUUAGGAGUUAAUUAUCUUUUUGAAUAAAAAACCAUAAUUGCAAUACUAAUUAGAAUUUAUAGUGUUGAAUAGAAAGAAUUUGCAUUCAUAAAGAUUUUAUCAAUAUUUGAAAAUUUGAUAAAUUUAGGAAAUAUUGAAUAAGUUUAAUGCUUAAUUGAUUAAUAAUUAAUUAGAAUAAUCAUUAAAAAUUUAAGAUAAAAUAUAAAUUAAGAUAAUGUAUAAUUAAAUUGUAAGUCAGUAGAAUUAUUAGAAUAAUUAUUAAAAAAGGUUAGAAAUAUAAACAAGGAUAAGUAUGAAAUGUGGAAAGAAGAGUUUAUAAAAUUAGAAGGAAUUUAGGCAUUGAAAGAAUUGAGUUCAAAAACAGAAUAAAUAUUUUAAAUAAAUGAAUUUUUAAAUACUUGA